GGAAAUUGCCGUGGCCGAGAAGGAGAGAGAAGGAGAGAGACUGUGUUCCUUUUAGCACUAGACUGGGAAUAAGCUUGUUUGCUUAGCCAUUGGGGCCUGAAGAAUCUCUCGUUGUUGGUGCUGUGAUUAAUUAAUGAUUUUCUUUCUCUUUCUGUGGUGGGUUUAAAGAUGUCCUGAGUUGUGAAGGUACAAAGACUAGAAAAACAUUACAGAGAACAAAGCUGAAAACUUUUAUGGUUGUGAAGUGGUAGAGAAACAAGAAGAGGAGGAGAGAACAAGAGACACUGAGAGAGAAGAGGAUAAAAGAGACGAAAUAGGAAAUAAACGUAUCAAGAAAAUAUCAAAGCAAAGUAGUCGCCGGAGACCAAGAACUCUACCCCUCUUUCUACCCCCCUUCUGACCCUUCCCUUCCAGAUCCCCCCCCCCCCCCCCCCUCACUCCUUUGUGUUCUUAGACAUUCCAAGAAACACAUUCAACAUUGCCGAGAUGUGGUCUGGUUCAGUUGCCAAUGGACCUGUCAGCGGCAAACAUGGACCCCUCGUGGGUGCUGUGGAUCAGGGGACCUCAUCAACACGCUUUUUGGUGUUUGCUGCAGGAACAGGUGAAGUGCUCACCUAUCACCAAGAAGAGGUGGCACAGCUCUACCCCCAGGAGGGCUGGGUGGAACAAGACCCCAUGGCGUUGCUCAAGUCUGUUCUUACUUGCAUUGAAAAGACAGUAGAGAACCUCAGGUAA